AUGUCCGACGAGCAGACCUUCAUUGCCAUCAAGCCCGACGGUGUCCAGCGCGGACUCGUUGGCCCCAUCAUCUCUCGCUUUGAGAACCGUGGCUUCAAGCUCGCUGCCCUGAAGCUCUGCUCCCCUUCCAAGGAGCACCUCGAGCAGCACUAUGCUGACCUCAGCUCCAAGCCUUUCUUCCCCGGCCUCGUCUCCUACAUGCUGAGCGGCCCCAUCGUCGCCAUGGUCUGGGAGGGCCGUGAGGUCGUUAAGACCGGCCGCACCAUCCUCGGUGCCACCAACCCUCUUGCCUCCGCCCCUGGCACCAUCCGUGGUGACUUCGCCAUUGAUGUUGGCCGCAACGUCUGCCACGGCUCUGACAGCGUCGAGAACGCCAAGAAGGAGAUUGCCCUCUGGUUCAAGCCUGAGGAGCUCCAGAAGUACAAGCACAGCCAGUUCGACUGGAUCUACGAGAAGGCCUAA